AGUCCUGGUCUCUGGAUUCUUGUGUUGACGUCUGGAGUCAGAGCAACUGGUGAUGAAAGAGUCCAGGCUCAGUGCCUCCCAGGAAUGGCCUCACAUCCUGUUGUGCAACUUUCCGGAGCCUCUAGGUCAGUGUGGUGCUUUGUAGCUGUCCCGGGAGCCCUCAGUAGCUGGAGUUGGUGCACGGGAAGGAUGAGGAAGACCAGGCGCUGGGGGCUGCUGUGGAUGCUGUUUGUCUCAGAACUUCAAGCUGCAACUGAAUUAACUGAGGAAAGGUUUGAUCUGGAAGAGGGGCAGACCCUGACUGUGAACUGUCCCUAUGGGAUAGGGAUGUAUGACCACAGCCAGAAGGCUUGGCAGAGGAUAAGAGAGGGAAAAGGGCCGCCCCAGACCCUGGUAACCACAGAGACGCCUUCGGAGAAUUCCCAUCCUAUCCAAGUGGGGAGGAUCAUACUAGAAGAUUACCAUGAUCAUGGCUUACUGCGUGUCCAAAUGACCAACCUCCAAGUGGAAGACUCUGGACUGUAUCGGUGUGUGAUCUGCCAGGAUCCCAAGGAACCUCACGUGCUGUUCUAUCCCGUCCGGUUGGUGGUGGCCAGGGGUUCUUCAGGUACCCCUGCCUCCAGUGAGAGUUCUACCCAGAAUGUGGAUAGUGUUCCUCCUACCACCACUAAGCCCCUGGGCCCACUGUAUACCAGCCCCAGAACUGUGACCCAAGCUCCACCCAAGUCAACUGCUACCGUCUCCACACCUGGCUCUGAAAUCAACAUUAAAAAUAUGACAGAUAUCAUCAGAGUUCCCGUGUUCAACAUUGUCAUUCUCAUGGCUGGCGGAUUCCUGAGUAAAAGCCUGGUCUUCUCUGUCCUGUUUGCUGUCACGCUGAAGUCAUUUGGAUUCUAGACCCACGAACCCACGAGACAGUCUUCUGAUCUCCAGCCACAUCCAUCUGGCAGUGUGCUAAGAGAGGAGAGAGGAGAAAAAAGGUCGGGGGGAGUUAAUACCAUGAAUUAAAUCUGUAAUCACUGGAUAUUUCUAAAGCCAGGAUCUCACCUUCCUGCCUACUGCCCUCAUUUCUCACUUGGAUGGGCAUUUGCCCCUCAGAAAAGAAGUUACAGCCCCAAACAUGCCUGGUCCUUCAUUCCACCAGCUACUUGGCAUUUGCAUGAAAUACAGACAGUUCAAUGCUUUUCAUCGUAAUUUCUUGUGGGGGCUGUGACAUGCAGAGGGCACGCCUAAUCCUUCUCCUGCUGAGUUUUUCCCUGGACCGUACAAUUUUGGCCUGACCUGGACUGAGCUCCCACUACAGAAGCAUCCUCCUUGCCCCAUGCUGGGACUUCCUCUGUGUAGCAUCAGACACUUGGUUUUCAUGCUUAUAUGUGGUUCUUUCCAACACUCCCAGAAAAGGGUGUUGAAGAUUGUGGAACAUGGAGAAAUAAGACCUCAUUGUGAGAAAGUGCAUCUUUCUCAGAGAAAAUAGUUAAACUGAAUAUCUUGUCUUGG